CGACCGUGUGUCGCGUGGGGGAGACAAGAGGGAAGACUCGGUUCGGUACGACGAUUGACAUUACUUCAUCCCAUUCAACGGUGAUACCCGUACGUACGCUCUAGUAUCACGUUCGUGUUCUAGCUACGACAACCCCCACCGUUGGUUCCCACUACCAUUUGCUCCUGUUUGGGUCGUCCCCCUUCCAUGUUGCAUCGUGACUCUACCGAACCAACUCCCACGACGGCAUCCACGCCUCGUCCCGUGGUACCCAAUUCCGACGCCACGGAUGGACGCUGGAUGACGCAAGGUCGGUCUCCCCCGACACUCACCGGCAACGGCGGGGCUCCCACCACCACUACCACCAUGCACGCGACCAACACCACCACUCGGUCCCACUACGGCUCCCGUCCCAACACUACCACACCCGUACCGCGUCAAUUCCUUCUUCCCGUCGUCUCCGGACACGUCGAUACGGCCACGUGGAAUGCCGUCACGGCGUGUAUCCGGGAGACCUUGCCGCCCUCGCUGCGUGGAGGAAACGUCGGUCCGCACGGACCUUCCACCGUCCAUGGACACGUGGACGACGCGACGGUGGAGACGGAUCAUCCUCCGUCGUCCACGCACGUCACUCCGGAACAAACGCAGUGGCUAACGUUACAAUACACGUUGGAGGAACAAAUGUUGCAACGGAAUGCCUUGCGGGAGAAACUGACUCGUUGGCAAGACGCACGAAUCCAAGCGGUGGAUGAUAUACGGACCGAGCGGAAACAAGAACACGAACGUCGACUAAGGGUCUUGGAAGACACGCACCGAACGCGGUACGAGACUGCCGUAGAGACCCGCAAACGUCAGUGGCGGGAAAGUAUCGAAACAACCUGUCGAGAACAAAGAAGAAAAGAACGGGAACGCACGGCACGACUAGCGCAGGAGAACGUUGAUACUGAUACGAACGAAACGCCCGUAUCGGCCGACACGACUGGACACGAAACCAAGGAUUCCGAGCCCGGCCCUGAAGAACCCAAAAACGAGGACCCCGUACAGCUCCCUAGCCAAAUUGCUCGUGAAAAAGUACAGACUUAUCAAACAGAACUGGAAGCACUGCAGGAACAACGCACAGAAAUGAUCUGGUUGCUCAAAAAGGUCAUCAAAGCGGAAGAGAAGCAACGAAAAACCAAUGAGGAAGGCAAAAAAGUGUUAACGAACAUGACCAUCACGAAACCAGCCUAA